AUGUCUCCCGAACCUCAGACCUCUGCCAAUGAGCAGCCCCAAAGCCAAGUGGCCGAUCAAGUGCCCGCUCCAGUCACCACUUCUACGGCACCAGUAGAUGUCAUUCAACAGCUGUCACGUACGACAACGGCUUCCACACAGGUCGCCAAGGAUAAUGCCACCGUCACUGUCAACAGUGCCGACCCACUGGAUCUUGGCAAGCACCGCCGAUCAAACGUGACCCAGGCACAGAUGAAGGCAGAUUAUCCUCAGGCUAACAAGAAGCGCAUGAAGAAAUUCUACACAAGGCAGAACCAACUGAUUGACCAGUUCCUCCAAAGUGGUGACGAGGAGCGGUUAGCUGCUCUCGACACUGUCAAGAACGGACCGAAAGUGAAGUUUGCUGUCAAUGCUUCCUUCAUUGUUAACUUCUGUCUCUUCGUGAUUCAGCUGUAUGCUGCAAUCUCAACAGGUUCGCUGUCCUUAUUCGCAACCGCAGCAGAUGCCUUCAUGGAUCUCGUCUCCUCCUGCGUCAUGCUCGUCACCAGCCGGAUGGCAGUACGGCCAAGCGUCUACAAGUAUCCUGUCGGUCGUACCAGGAUAGAAACCAUUGGAAUAAUCAUGUUCUGCUGUUUGAUGACCACUGUCGCCAUUCAGCUGAUCAUCGAAUCUGGAAGAGCACUAGGUGCCGGUGCUAAAGAGGCUGAAGAGCUCCACAUCAUACCCAUUGCCUUUGUGGCAAUAGCCAUCUUCGCCAAAGGUUCGCUGUGCGCUUACUGCUUCAUCUUCCGCCGCUACCCUUCGGUUCAUGUCUUCUUUAUCGACCACCGCAACGACAUCGUUGUCAACGCCUUCGGCCUUGCCAUGUCCAUUGUCGGAAGCCGUGUCGUCUGGUAUGUCGACCCUAUCGGUGCCAUCCUCAUCGGUCUCUUGAUCCUUGUCUCAUGGGCCGCGAAUGCAUUCGAUCAUGUCUGGCUUCUUGUCGGCAAGUCAGCUCCGAAGGAAUUCCUGUCCAAGCUCGCAUACCUGGUGGUCACACAUGACAGCCGCAUCGAGAAGGUCGAUACCUGCCGUGCAUACCACGCUGGGCAGAAGUACUACGUUGAGGUCGACAUCGUCAUGGAUGAGAACUUGCCUCUCAAGAUCACUCACGACGUCAGCCAGACUCUGCAGCGUAAGCUCGAAGGGCUUGCAGAUGUAGAGCGAGCCUACGUUCACGUCGACUACGAAAAUGAGCACGACAUCAAGGAGGAGCACAAGCCCCUGUAUGAAGUAACACAGCAGCGAUCGAUCAAAGAGCGCGUCAAAGCGUUGAAGUAUAUCUUCAAGAAGAGUAGCAUAGCUUGA